AAAGUUAUGUUUACAGGUUUCAUUGAUGAAGAUGGUGAAAAAACAAUUAAAUCUUUAGGAGGUCAAGUAGUUGAUAAUAUCCAGGAAUGUACACAUUUAGUGACAGACAAAAUUCGAAGGACCGUUAAAUUUUUAUGUGGCCUAUCGAGAGGCAUUCCUAUCGUCAAUACGAAGUGGCUUGAUGCCUGUAAAUCUGCCAAAACAUUUGUACCAUCAGCUGCUUAUUUCAUCAAAGAUCGUGUUGCAGAAAGGCAGAAUAACUUUCUAAUCAGGCAAGCUCAUGAUAAUGCGAAAGAAAAACCAUUACUUGAAAAUUAUGAAGUGUAUGUGACACCGAAUGUACGCCCACCGCCGGAACAAAUGAAAAUGAUUGUAGAAUGUGCUGGUGGUCACUACUUAAGUAAAAUGCCAACUAAUCCUAACAAUAAUGUGUUAAUUAUAAGCUGUGAUGAAGACGAAGACGUUUGCUUCGAUGCUGUUAAAAAUUGUAUGACUGUACACAGUGCUGAGUUACUCUUAAGUGGUGUAUUGCGGCAAGCAUUGGAUACGGACAAUAAUAUAUUAUGGCCAAAAGACAUGUUGCCCGUAGUUGCUGGUAAGAAACGUAGUCGAUCGACUGCUAAAGCAGCAAUUGCCACUCCUCCAAGUAGAGCCAGUAAACGUAGAAAAACGUAA